AUGAAUAUUCGAAAUGAUAGGCUGAAUGAAUCAAUAUCUCCCAAUUCUAUAGACUGCUUGAAUGAGUCUCGUCUGUCUUUUAAGGCGACAACAUCCUAUAAACGAGAACUAGAAUCCAUAAUUACUAGAGAACCGAUAAUGUUAAGUAAAGCAUCAGAAGUGAAUAAGGUAGUAGGUAAAGGGUCUAAGUUUGAUCAGUCAAAAAUGGUGUCGAGGUUCCGGCUAAACAGAGAACAGAUACCACAGAAUGCAAUAACAGACAACUCAAUUACAAGCUGCGUAAGAUGUAGAAGAUUGAAGAAGAAAUGUGAUAAGUAUCUUCCAAAUUGCAUAAAGUGUCAAAGAGCAGGUGAGAAAUGUGAAUACGCUGCCAGAAAAACCAGAAAAAGGCAAAACAGUGUUACAAAGGAGUUACCUACAAUUGAUGAUCUGCAUUUAUCCGAAAGUGUAGUAGCAUUGACGUCAACCUCCGCUGAUCAGACUCCAUAUAGUGAAUCACAGAGUUCUCAAAUAGGAGAGAAGAGAAUUCAAGAAGUUAGACUUCCAUUGGAUCCUGAAGUUGCGAGGUUAUCAGCAAAACACAGUAAUUUAACUCCUUCACUUACAAAUAUCCCCUUAAACUUAAAGUUACCCAGCUUCAGUUCAUAUUCAAAGCAAAUUUCAAAUGUCUUAAUAAGUGCCGUAGGCAUAAAUACUAAUUCAAAUGUGAGUUUAAUUCCCCCGAUAAUUGAUAAAGCUUUAAUCUGGAUGUUCAUUGAAGCAUAUUUUGAGCACAACCAUAGAGCAUAUCCAAUUAUAGACAAAUCUGAAUUCACUAGAAAGCUUAAAGAAAUAAGUAUGAAUGAUUUAGAUGCAUUUGAAGACCAAUUUGAAUUAUACAUGGUUAUGGCAAUUGGUUGUACCUCGCUAGAAAGAGCAGGAUUGAUUUCACGAGAUAAAAAAAUAGCUGAAUACUUUGCAUCAAAGGCAUUGAAUGUCAUAUCAAACAAUCUAUCGGGAAAUGAUAUCAAGAAUGUAAAAUAUCUACUACUUUUAGGAUUAUAUUCGUAUUUUGAUCCUUCUGAAUUUACAUCGUGGGAAAUUAGUGGAAAGCUAACUAGAUUAUCGGUGUCCUUGGGCUUGAAUAAGGAAUUACUGUCGCUAUCGAAAAGCAAGAUCAGCGCUCAAGAAAUUGAAAUGAGACGUAGACUAUUUUGGAGUGUUUACAUAAUGGACAAGGUGAUAUCAGUUUCAUUGGGUAGACCCGUUGGGAUAAAUGAUGAAGAUAUUAAUAUCCCAUUACCAGCUGUCUUGGGAAAUGAGCCAGAUGAGAACGAGGAUAUUGAGAUUAACAAAUUAAUAAUUGAAAUUAGAAGGAUUGAAGGAAGAAUCUUGAAAAAGGUUCAUUCAGUCAAUUCUGGAAUAAUGUUAGAUGAGAAGGGCUCUAGAGAAGAUCGAUGCAAAUCUAUAUUGCAGGAACUAAAAUAUGAAAUUGAGGAUUGGUAUCUGAAGGCAGGCUCAACAAGUAACCCAUUGAUUUAUUCAGAUACUACAUUCUCAUUUCAUGGCUCUGUGCCAUGGUAUGAUGCGAGAUAUUCUCAUUUAUUAAUAUUGUUAUACCGGCCAUCUUAUUUAAACCCAACACCAACACCUGAUAUACUAGAAGUUCUUGGUAGAGCUUGCUUACAAACAUUAUCGUCCACUUAUCGUCUCUACAGUUCCAAUCUUUUGCCUUUGAACUGGAUUACGUUGUAUCGGUUUUUGACAGUCUGCACAACUAUGCUAUAUUGUCUAUGCAAAUGGAGUAUUGACCUAAUUGAAUCGAAAACGGAGAUUGGUUACUGUAUUGAAAUCCUAGAAGGAUUUGGGAAUGAUUGGACAGUUGCAAGGAAAUGCGCCGAAGUUUUCAAGUCUAUCGAUAACAAAAUGUUAGAAAUCAGUUUAACCAGUGAGGGAAAUGUACCCGAUAUGGAUCAUUUGAUAAAUGACUUAUUAGGAGCUUCGUCUUCAUAUCACGAGAUUUUAAGUACCUUUUCAGUUGAUAUUUCAUUAGAUGGUUCGUUUAUGUAUGUAGGAUAA